AAUCCAGCUUUUCGAUAGAUCCACGUGUGACUAAAAAUAGAAUAAGCUGCUUUAUCGUCUGCUGCCUUGGAGAUUUCAGCGUCCUGCGUCUGCAGCUGCUUGUAUGAAUUCUAGACUAGAUCUUGAUUAUAUUAAGUGAAAGUGAUAAAAUCAAUUACUUCAAACAGAUUCACAGAAAUAUAUAUUAAUAUAUUAGACAAUGAUGGGAAUAGAUGAUGCUAUGAAAUGGCAAAGAAGGAACACAGUUUUCUAAAAUCACAACCAGCAUCAGGACAUUUUACAAUUCCAAAAUCCCUGAAAAGAUGGCAUCCGGAAUCAGUUGAAAGUGAAGGUUCCUAUUUAAAAAGAAAAUAUAAGAAGAUUGAUUCAAAGAUUAAUCCUCAUUUUGCUCAUUUAUAUGAAAAUCUACAUUUAUUUCCAAAAUGCUAUAAACAUUGUCAGGAUAGAAAUCUUGUAAAAUUAUGGUUGCAAACAAAAUUGAGACAAAGACUUGAGAGACCAAUUACAUUAACAAAUUAUUUGUCACCUCUUUUUCCUUUCAAAAUAUACUUAAAGCCAGUUCCUACAAGUUACACAUGGCUCUUAAAUGCUAUAAAAUGCAUACAUGUUUUAUUAAAUAGAGGAAAAUGUCAUUUGAUUGAUAAAACAGAAAUUCAAUGUGAAAAUAUAAUCGAUACUGAUGUCUUUGCAUUACAAUAUAAAUCAGAUUUUUUUGCAGUAAACCUUUAUGAGCAUGACUCUAACAGAAAAUUCUUUACUGAUCCCUAUGUUUGUGUUAGAAAUAGCUCAUUCAUUUCAUCAAUAGAUUAUCUAAUGCAUUUAUAUCAUGGUAUACAGGGAAAUGUUAAAAAAUAUGAUGCAAAUAUUGAUGGACUUGAAGACGUUUGUGAAGAGAAGGCUUUUAUUGGUAGUAACUCAGAAGAAGCCAGACAAAAAGAUCAUGAGAUGUUCCAGAAUACAACUAAAAAUUGUGCUUCUAGCAAAUAUGAUGGGUCAUUUAACAGAGAUAUGAAAAAUCAUGAAAAGACUUUGUCCUCAAGGUUUAAAAAAUGUUCUCAACAAAAGUUUGCCAAUGAUUCUGACAAUUUAUUAGUUUUACUGAACUAUGAUUUUUCAAAUGUUACUAAUAAUAUUUCAUCAAAUGGCAACAGGAACUCAAAAGAUUCUGUACCUAAUAAAAAUAUUGUGAAACUAACUAGGAAUCAGUUAGAACCAAAAAGUGUCACUUCUCCAAUAGUGAAAUUUAAUUUAGAUUAUGAUAAGAUUUCUGGAACAUCUGAAAUGCUAUUAAGCAAUAUGUUUUCAUGCCAUGAACUAAAUAAGUGUAAAGAAAUAUUUAGUGAUCACAAUUUAGAAGCUAUCAUAAAUGACAGUAGUGAAAAGCAUUUAGCAGUUGCUGAUACUGGCCAAAGCAGAAUGGUUAGUUCAACUAAUUUAACUACUUGUCCAAAGGAGGAAACAUACACAGAUUUCACUGAUGCCUCAGAAUCUUAUAAAGAAUCUGGCCUAAACAAUUUGUAUACAACUUCACUUCGUAAUAAUAAUAAAAAAACAAAAGUUAUGCCUCAAGUUUUUACCAUCGAAGCUGUAUCUGAAAACAAGGAAACAAUACUAGACAGUUUUGUGAAUCAUGACAGCUCAUGUGAAUCAGAACAUGUUGUUCCUGAUAUAAGCAUUUCUGAAAUGGUGGAAACAUCAAGAUCUAUGUAUGAAGAGGGCAUCAGUAUGAAAGGAUUUGAAGAGAAUUCAAAGACAGUUUUUCAAUGGAUUCCUAAAUCAUUAGAGUUAACAGAUCUUUCAAGUGGUGAUCAGUUCAGCUAUCCAUCUGGUCAGAUGUGUAGCAGACCCCUUCGACUUGGUCUGUCAAAAAAGCAAAAAGUAAAACAUCUCCAUAAAAAAUGAAAUGUAAGACUUCGUAAAUAAAAAAUUUGACUGUUUAUGUCAGGAACACAAUGUGAAAUAAAUUUAAAAUAAAUGAAUACGAUGAUGUAAUAUAUGUAUUAUACUUAUUGAACAAUUGUUUUAAUGUUUCAUUUUAAUUUUUAUGUAUUCAGUUUUUUAAAAAGUCAAAUAAUGUUGACUGUUGCCUGGGCUAAUCUGUGAUAACUUGUAAAAUAUAUUUUUUUGUUAUAAUGUUCUUAUUUAAUUUUAUUACUGUUUGGUGUAAAUAGGGUUUAAAUAGAAGAAAAUCUCAAUCUGCAUGAUAGUCUGAAAACAGUUAACACUUUAAUUUAAUUCAUUAUAAAAUAAAUAGUAUUUUUGAAUUGUGUUGCAUAGUUAAUUCAUAUUCAUAGUUGCUUCAUUCAAGCAAUGCUAUUAUUAUUUCAAACAGUAUGUAAAAAUACAUUUACAACAAUGUUACUGAUUUUCAAUGUAUUGAUGUCUUGAUUUUUAAAAUCUGUUGUGCAUUUACAUCUAGCUUUAAUGUGUUGUGUGCCUUACUAUGACUUAUUAGAAACUGUAUAACUGUGAAUAUUGUUGCAUGUUGAAUUUCAAUAUUUUAGAUUUAUAAUUUAAGUUAGCCAGUAUUUCAAUUGUUGUAUUUACCUUUCAAACUAGUUCAUUAAAGUUUUUUUUUUUUUU